AUGUCAUCUUACAAGCCGAUAGAUUCUAAGAGGGAAGAAUUUCGUCGAUAUUUAGAAAGAGCUGGUGUUAUGGACGCUCUGACGAAAGUCUUGGUUAGUCUCUACGAAGAACCUGAUAAGCCAGAGGAUGCUCUUGAAUACGUAAGAAAGCAUUUAGGUACAGACGGCGGCGAUGACGAACUGGAAGCAGCUAGAGCUCGCAUUGCAGAGUUGGAGGCUGAAAAUGCACUGCUCAAAGGUGAAGCUGCCCCAACAGAAGGGUGA